AUGGCCCUGCGAGAGCUGGCUCUGGCCUUUCUCCUGGUCCUUGCCCCUCCGUUGCUUGCAUGGAGACAGAAGGACCCAGAUCCCAGGAACCAGGGGCAAGCCAUGGAAGCAGAAACGUGCCAAAGGCCCCAGUGGGACCCAAGGCUCCAGCUGGAACCAGACCUGGAGAAUUACAAGAAGAACGAAGAAGUGAUGCUAAGCUGCCCUGACAAUCUUCAUUUGUCCUUCACUCAUGUCAAAUGUGCGGGAAAAGUCCUGUCCAUCAGCAAUAGCAAACCAUUAUACUCAGAAGCUUGGAAUGGAAAGGACACCAGAGGUGGCUGGAUCCGCAUUCAGUCCAGCGUGGUGUGCAUAGACAUCCUCCAGGUUGUCUCUGAGACCUUGGAGAUUUCCAGCACCAGCAUCAAACUGAACUGGACCUGCAGGCUCCCUGAUGGCUGCACUCACAUUCGGGCCAGGUGCCGUCUGGAAGCACAUUCAUCCCCUCCCUGUAAGGCUGAGGAGGUGAUGGGAGAGGAGAUGCUACAAGGCCAGGAGGGAACAUUUAGCUGUCCACCUCUGCAGCCCUACACUGUCUACAGUGUCACCAUCUCCCAGCUCCCCAGCACGAUCCUGUUCACGCGACAAUUCACGACAAAGGAAACGGUGCCGGACAAAGUGGAGAAGCUGUGGCUGGAUCCCAACACGGGGUCCCUCAGGUGGAAGGCACUGCCAUCCUGCAAAGGGGAGAUCAUUGGAUACCAGCUGAACAUCACGACUAGGAGAACGCAUGAUGGCUUCCUUGAAUUCAAGCAGAUGGUGGUGAACCAGUCCGUGACUGAGUACAUGCCAGUUCAUCAGACACCUGGAAGCAAAUACACAGUGAUGGUGCAGGGCCUGACGGUGGCUGGUGCUGGGGCUGCAUCCCGGCUGGAGUUUCAAAGCUACGUCUCGGGACAGCCUCUGGGCCCCUGGCCAGGGACAGCGGUCACGGUGGUGGUGGUGCUGUCAGUGUUGGUGUUCCUGUCUGCAGGGAUCCUCUGGUUUGUGCUGUCCAGGAAAAGGAAGGCCUUGCCCAGCAAAACUGAGGAGGACCAUUACACAGAGCUCCAACCCUAUGAGAACUUGGAUGACUACUGCACGAUCAAGGAGACUCAUCUAGCAGAAGAAGAUGCAGGUAAAAAUUUCCAGGCUGCAGAGCCAUUGCCCCAGCCACUGCCUGUCUUGGGGUCCUCAGGAGACAGUCAGAGCAGCGAGGGAGAGGAGAAGAUGGGGAGGAUGCCCCCGGCUCAGUCUUGA